AUGUCCGGCCUUUUAGAUAAAUUGAGCAUGACCAAAAGCGACGGCAUGAGCGGUAUUGGCCCAGACCAGGGUGCACUCAACGAGUCCGAUUCACCUUCUAUAAAUCCCACAAAUUCGGGCACUCGAGAACAGUCCGAGCUUGGAGUGGGUAGUGGCGACGGCAAAGGCCUGGACCGAGCACCCAACAGCUUCGGUGGCCCAUCCUUUGGUCGAACCAGCAAGACCACCAGUCACAAAUCCGAGACGCUGAACAAGUUGGAUCCCCGAAUCGGGUAUGACGAUGACGAUGUCCGCCAGCAGGAAUUGGAGCGUUAUGAAAGCGAGUACGGUAAGCCGGAGGAUUUUUCCGACGUCCAGCUGAAUGUGAGGAACAUGUCCGGGAUUGGGGCGGACCAGAGCGCGCUCAGGGAAAACCCAGCUUUCCGAGCGCAGGAAGAGAAUACGACAGUUCGGCACCCCAGUGACGGCUAG